CUCAAUUUCGAUUUAUUUUUUGUCGUUGCAAUUGUAGUCCAUUUGAUGUACCUAAAAUUGGUUUAUUGUUUUAGUUCAAAACUCCACUACAGUGACAACACAUUGACCGCAGUUUACAGCAGACUAUAGCUGACCGCUUUUGCUUAGCAGAAUGAACCAAAUUCAUGCACUUACGUCUCGCAAAAUCGGCAGGGAUGGUUUUGAAAUAAAAGUUCGAUUUAAUACUAACGGAUUUAUGAGUACCCAUGGUAGACAUAUGUCCGAGAUCUGUAACGCGUUAUUAGUCGAUAGUAUACUGACGAGAUUGGACAAUAGCAGAACGGAUAAUAUCGAAACUGUUACGAUUGAAGAAAUUCGAGCGGAUUUGUUUGAACUAGUGAUACGGAUGAAUACUACUGCAUUUCGAAACGGACCCAAAAAUCGUAUAUUCCAGUUCAGUGCCGACGCAUUAGGCCUUACUUUACAACAUUUGGCCCUAAUUAACGGUCGUCCAGGCGAAAGUUUGGAAGAAAUGCGUCAAAGAAUUUUUGGGCGAAGCUCUCGAAGUGGAUAAGGACAGCAAAUAAUCUCC